UCUCCAAUAUACUUGAAUAAUUCGAAUGCUAUUACUUUUCCAAUGUAUUUCGCUUUCUAUAAGAACAGACGUUUGUACAAUGACUUCUUUAAUGACAAAAUUUAGGGCUCCCCCACUUAUUAUAUUUCUAUCUGGUAACUAUCUGUUUAUGUUGUGUCAUCAUAUACUCAAGUUCAGUUUUUUCAAAAAAAAAUUAUAAAAUAAUGGGAAAUUUUUUGUAAUAUAAGGCUUUCUAAGCAUGAAACAUUUUCACAGCAAUCACUUAAGCAUGAGGUUUCCUAUGUUUUCUUCCCCAUUGAUUCCUUUUUUACUUUUUGUUCUUUCAACCUCUGCCACUGCUUUGCAAUAUAGAUUCCCAAGGCUUAAUCCUGUUGGUGAAAAGUUUCUACAUCAUUCUCAAGUUCUGAAUCCACUUCCUCUGGAUGAUUUCAAGACUUAUUAUUACAAUCAAACACUUGAUCAUUUCAAUUAUAGGCCUGAAAGCUACACAACAUUCCCUCAAAGAUAUAUAAUCAAUUUUAAGUAUUGGGGUGGUGCGAAUUCGAGCGCGCCAAUUUUUGCUUACUUGGGUGCUGAAGCACCAAUAGAUGAUGAUUUAGAUUUUAUUGGGUUUAUGACAGAUAAUGCCAUUCAGUUUAAUGCUCUUCUAAUUUAUAUUGAGCAUCGGUACUAUGGAAAAUCAAUACCAUUUAGAUCGAGGGAUGAAGCAUUGAGAAAUGCGAGCACUCUUGGAUACUUUAAUUCAGCGCAAGCAGUAGCAGAUUAUGCAGACAUUCUUAUACAUGUAAAAAAGGAGCUUCAUGCUAAUUAUUCUCCUGUGAUUGUUAUUGGUGGAUCAUAUGGAGGAAUGUUGGCUUCAUGGUUCCGUCUUAAAUACCCUCAUGUAGCACUAGGAGCUCUUGCAUCUUCAGCUCCAAUCCUUUAUUUCGACGAUAUCACACCGCAUGAUGGGUACUAUACUGUUGUCAACAAGGAUUUUAGAGGUGUCAGUGAAACUUGCUACGAAACUAUUAAGAAAUCCUGGUCUGAGAUUGAAAUAGUUGCUUCUCAGCCAAACGGUCUGUCCAUUCUCGACCAAGAGUUCAAAACAUGCCGUCCUUUAAGAGGAUACUCUGAGUUGGAAGACUACUUGUGGUCCAUGUAUGCUACUGCAGCCCAAUAUAACCAUCCGCCUGGAUAUCCAGUCACCAGGAUCUGUGAUGCCAUUGAUGGAACUUUUUCUGUGAAUGGAACACUUAGCAAAAUAGCUGCAGGUGUAUUUGCUUUCAGAGGGAAUAUAUCCUGUUAUGUUAAUGAGCCCAGAAAUGAGACGGAAACUGAUGUAGGAUGGAGAUGGCAGUCAUGCAGUGAGAUGGUGAUGCCAAUAAGUUCAGAUGAUGAUAUGUUUCCACCAUAUCCUUUUGAUCUUCAAAGCGUCAUCAGUUAUUGCAAUCGACUGUAUGGUGUCCCUCCCAGGCCCCAUUGGGCUACCACCUACUAUGGAGGCCAUGAUAUACGACUCGUCCUUCAGAGAUUCGGUAGCAAUAUAAUUUUUUCCAAUGGACUCAAAGAUCCUUAUAGUAUUGCCGGGGUAUUACUCAACAUAUCAGACAGUCUCCUAGCGGUGUAUACGACUAAUGGAUCUCAUUGCUUGGACAUCUUAAAGGCGAAGGAAACUGAUCCUGAAUGGGUAGUGACACAGAGGAAGACUGAGGUUGGUAUUAUUAAAGGAUGGAUCAGCGAGUAUUAUGCAGAUUUGGAAAAGUACAAACAAAUGAAACAAUAGAAAACAUACUCAGAAGGUGAUGGAAGACAUUCUAGUUAGUAAAGAAUACCUUUUCUGCUCUUUUUCUGCAUCAUCCGUGCGUUUGACAAUUUGAACUUGUAAAGACCCAUCAAAGAAUGAGAAAUAAAAGAUUCUUGCUGUAUUUUCUAUCCUUCCUGUAAGCUUCUUGCUUCUGAUUAAUAAAGUUGACGCUUUCAUUCUAUUAA